GGAAGGGGAAGCCGCGGCUUCCCUCUUCUGUUCGAAUUCCUCGCCGGAAACGCACCAAAAUCUCACCAGUCACCACCCUCCACCGCCGCCUCCUCUCAUCCAUGGCCUCCUCCAACCGCAAGAGGCUCCGUAUGCUGUUAGUGUCCUCUAUGGAGUCAGUCGACUCCGUCACGGAGAGUCCGCACAGAGUCCAGCUCUACGUCGACCCGAAAGCCGCCGUCACCGACGCCAUCUCCAUGAACCUUCGCAUGCGCCCGGGCGAUCGGACCAUGGCGUUCGAGCUCCACAACCCCGAGGUGCUUCGUCGCAAGGUGGAGGCGGAUGCCGGUCUGCGCGGCGCAAUCGCUCGGGUGGAGAGGAGCGAGGAGAAGCUCAGGACCAAAAUCCAGCGGACAGAGCGGAAGAUUUUGGAGGUCGAAGCGAAUCUGAAUCUUGACAGGGACGCUAUUAGGGCGCGGGCUUCCAACAACCGCCGUUCUCUCCCCUUCCAGCAAGUGAUCUACAAGAGCGGUGAAGAUAUUCCUGAGGGUGAGGUUGCAGCUCCGAAGCGCAAGUUGUCGAAGAAAGCGAGGAGGGAAAGCAAGACGCUCGAUGUUUUGUCCCAAGUGGCCUACUGGAAUGCGAACUGGUUCAUGCUCAACGAGAAGAAGAAUGCGCAGGAAGGCUUCCUGGCUGCGCUGCUAGAAUCCAAGGAGGCUUUUCUUACUCGGUGCCUGGAGAGCCGAAGCAAUAUCGGAUGUGGUUACACGGAUUACAGCUUUGCGUACUGACCCCUCAAGUCCCAGUCACCAAGCAUUACUGACUUUACUAACUUCUGCAAGACGCGCGUGCUCCUGAUGUUUCCUCCUGCUACUGACACCAGAUGAUUUUCUCUGCUGCUGAGAUCUGCAACGUGUGCGCGUUCUUGUUCAGUUUUCUUCGACCACUGACGCCAGAUGUUCGCUGCUAGUGCUAACCCUCGCCGACACCAGAAACAACCUGACAAGUUUUGCCUUCCUACCUACACCCGCGCUGACUCCAGCUGACACCACCGAAGACCGAACCGAUACGCUCUCUGGAGUGAACUCCCCCAACCAGGCAUCAUGCUGAGAGCUCCCUGUGCGGCCACUUCAUUCCCUGCUCGGAUCCUCGCAGACGAUUCUCGUUGCUACCAAACUCUUUGGCGUGUGUGCUUGUUUGAGAGGAACAUCACCUUAGGUUUUUCUUCUGUAGAUGAGAAGUAGGUAGAUUGGUGUUGCCUUGAUGCCUUCACUUCCCUGAGUGUUCCAGGAAUACACUUGAUCAAGUGAUAGUUGAAUUGGCUCUCUAUAUAUAUAUGAGUGUCAACAUGCCAUGACCAAACGUUUUUCUAUGUGUUCUCUACUUCUCUUGUGUGCAUUCUGUAAGCAUGUUACUUUUGAAGCGUUGGAGCCUUCCUCAGAUAUUUUCACGCAAAGGAUCAUCCGUUGAGUAACACGAAUGAAUGCAUGUAGGAUUAGGAUGUU